AUGGGUAAAGCCUAUUUUGAAGUCGGCGGUCGCCAAUUUCCAGCGGUGACCUGGUAUAAGGAUCCUGCCUUGAGAAAGACCUACAUUAUUUUGAUGUUUGUCGUCCUUACCAGUGCCACCAAUGGAUAUGACGGCUCUAUGAUGAACGGACUUCAAUCGCUUGAACCAUGGCAAGACUAUUUCAACCACCCAAAAGGUAGCAAGAUCGGUAUCCUGAAUGCAAUCAUGUCUGUGGGUUCUAUUACGGCCAUCCCAUUUGUCCCCUACGCAGCCGAUAUUCUGGGUCGUCGAACGGGUAUUCUGGUCGGCUGUAUCAUUAUGUUGGUCGGUGUGGUUCUCCAGUCCAUCUCGUCCGGAUUUGGCAUGUUCUUGGGAGCCCGUUUUCUUCUCGGUUUUGGUGUUGCCAUUGCUCACGGAGCCUCACCUUUGUUGAUCACGGAGUUGGUCCACCCUCAGCACCGUGCCAUCUUCACCACCAUUUACAACACCACCUGGUAUGCUGGUUCUAUCGUGGCAGCAUGGCUGACCUACGGCACGAGUCGUAUUGACAACAACUGGUCAUGGAGAGUCCCGACCAUGGUGCAAGCAGUACCUUCAUUGAUUCAAAUUGGUUGUAUCUGGUUCGUCCCCGAGUCACCUAGAUGGUACAUCGCCCAUGGAAAGGAGGAUAAGGGACUACGUGUGUUGGCCAAUGUGCAUGCAAACGGUAACGAGCACGACGAAAUGGUACAAGUCGAGUAUGUCGAAAUUCGUGACACCCUCAGACUCGAGAAGGAAGCCGAAGGAAAUGGUUGGCUCGAACUUGUCAAGACAAAGGGUAAUCGUCACAGACUCAUCAUCUUGCUCUCUGCUGGUCUCUUCUCGCAAUGGUCUGGUAACGGUCUCGUUUCCUACUACAUCACCAAGAUCUUGAACGAGAUUGGUUAUACUGAUGUUUUGACUCAAAAUCUCAUCAACGGCAUUCUUCAAAUCUUCAACCUUGCCACUGCUGUCACUGCUUGCUUUUUCGUUGACAAAGUUGGCCGUCGCAAGCUCUUCCUUAUCUCCACCACUGGCAUGCUUGUCACCUUCACUGUUUGGACCAUCUGCUCGGCCAGAUACCAAAUUGAGAAGAGCAAGGCAGCAGCCAAUGCUGUGGUUGGAAUGAUCUACAUCUACUACUUCUGGUACAACGUUGCAUGGUCUGGUAUGCUCGUCGGUUACACUGUCGAGAUUCUCCCAUACAACAUUCGAGCCAAGGGUCUCACAGUCAUGUUCUUGAUGGUCGAUAUUGCAUUGUUCUUCAACCAAUAUGUCAACCCUAUUGCACUCGAUGCAAUCCACUGGAAGUACUACAUCUUCUACUGCGUCUGGCUCGCCAUCGAACUCGCUGUCGUGUAUUUCUUCUACGUCGAAACCCGUAACACUCCUCUCGAGGAAAUUGCCAAGCACUUCGAUGGUGAUAGCGCACUCGUCGGUGGUGCCGCUGCUACCGACAAGGGACUCAGCAUGGCGACCGAUCUUGGUCUUGAAGAAACCAUUCAUCACCGGACUGCCACAGGAGAGAAGCGUCACGGAGUUGAGCUUGAGACUACCAACGUUACAGACAAGAAUUAA